AUGGGCGGCGAGAACACCAACAACGCGCCUCGAACGCUGAAAGACAUAAAAGACGCCGAGGAAAACGAAGAAGGCAAUCAAGAGGACAAACCGCAGGAGUGGUACGCGGGAGGCGCGUCGUCCGGGCAAAACGUCAUCGAUCCUUCCAAACAUCAAUCACAGAAAGAACAUCCAGAAAACGGCGACGGCGAGGAGUUCACGAACGACAGUCGAUACGGAAACAUGUUUCGAGAGGCGUUGAGACACGGGGCGAGACAUCGACAGGACGAUACCGAUGAAGAUACGACGACGACCAGAAGCCAAAGGGAAGUCUUUUUCAGCGGAAGAGGGAGGAAGAUGACCGAGGAGGAAAAGGAAGAAGAAGACGACGCGUUGGACGGCGACUUGAAAGAAGAAGAAGACAAAGAAGAGGAAAAAGAAGAGAUGCGGAUUGAACGCGUGGUUACGUUUUACGACAACGGGUUCACGGUGGACGACGGACCGUUGCGGGAUCCAUCGGAAAAUCAAGAGUUUAUCGAAAUGAUUGGUCGAGGGAUGUGUCCACCGGAAUUGAUGCACCCCGGAGCCUCGGCGAGGAAUCCGGUGAAGAUUGAUUUGAAACGAGAGAGAAGGGAUUGGACGCCGCCGAAAGGCGUGAAGGCGUUUAGCGGGAGCGGGAAUAAGUUGGAAGGAGCAGAGGGAGAAGGAAACGACGAGGGUGUUGGUGGUGGCGGAGAUGGAGGAGGAAAAGCGCUCGAAGAAAUGAAACCGUGGUCGGUGGACGAGAAAGAACCGACGACGUCGAUUCAAAUUCGUUUACGCGACGGGUCUCGCCUCGUCGCCAAGUUCAAUCUCUCGCACACCGUCGCGCACAUUCGAGACUUUAUUCGACAGGCGAAUGGAGAAGCGUCUGCGACGAGGCCGUUACAACUGAGCGGGUUCCCCCCGGAAAAGUUGGACGACGAUUCCAGAACGAUCGGGAACGGGUUGAAAGGGUGCGUCGUGCAACAAAAGUAA